AUGCCUUCCGCAGAGUCAAAACCUAAGACCUUGUAUGACAAGGUCUUCUCUGACCACAUUGUCAAUGAGCAAGAAGAUGGCACUUGCCUGAUCUAUAUCGACCGUCACCUUGUUCACGAGGUCACAUCGCCCCAGGCCUUCGAAGGCCUUAAGAACGCCAGCCGCAAGGUCCGCCGGCCGGACUGCACUUUGGUUACAGUUGAUCACAACAUCCCCACCUCUUCACGAAAAAACUUCAAGAAUGCCGGUGACUUCAUCAAGGAGAACGAUUCGCGUCUCCAAUGUACAACCCUGGAGGAGAACGUGAAGGACUUCGGCCUCACCUACUUCGGCAUGGGCGAUAAGCGUCAGGGUAUUGUCCACAUCAUUGGCCCGGAGCAGGGUUUCACUCUGCCCGGCACAACUGUUGUCUGCGGUGACAGCCACACCUCUACACACGGUGCUUUCGGUGCCCUCGCAUUCGGUAUCGGAACCAGUGAAGUCGAGCACGUCCUCGCAACCCAGACUCUUAUUACCCGCCGCAGCAAGAACAUGCGCGUUCAGGUCGACGGCGAGCUUCCCGCUGGUGUCACCAGUAAGGACGUUAUUCUUCACAUCAUCGGUGUCAUUGGUACUGCCGGUGGUAACGGUGCUGUCAUUGAGUUCUGCGGUUCCGUCAUCCGUGCACUGAGCAUGGAGGCCCGUAUGUCAAUGUGCAACAUGUCCAUUGAGGGUGGUGCACGUGCUGGUAUGAUUGCUCCUGACGAGAUCACAUUCGAAUACCUCAAGGGCCGUCCUCUGGCCCCCAAGUAUGGCAGCGCCGAGUGGAACAAGGCUGUCAGCUACUGGUCCAGCCUGAAGUCCGAUUCCGGCGCCCAAUACGAUACCGAGGUUUUCAUCGAUGGCAAAGAUAUUAUCCCCACCAUCUCUUGGGGUACCUCUCCCCAGGACGUGAUUCCGAUCACUGGUGUUGUCCCCGGCCCCGAUGACUUCGAGGAUGAGAACCGCAAGGCCUCCUGCAAGCGUGCUCUUGAGUACAUGGGUCUCGUUCCCGGUACCCCCAUGAAGGAUAUUGUGGUUGACAAGGUCUUCAUUGGAUCUUGCACCAACGCUCGUAUCGAGGAUCUGCGGGCCGCAGCCAAGGUUGUCAAGGGACGUAAGAUUGCCGCCAACAUCAAGCGUGCUAUGAUUGUCCCCGGAUCCGGUCUUGUCAAGGAGCAAGCCGAGUCUGAGGGUCUGGACAAGAUCUUCACUGAUUCCGGCUUCGAAUGGCGCGAAGCCGGAUGCUCCAUGUGCCUGGGUAUGAACCCUGAUAUCCUGAGCCCGAAGGAGCGCUGUGCCAGUACCUCCAACCGUAACUUCGAGGGCCGCCAGGGUGCUCAGGGCCGUACCCACCUCAUGUCCCCCGCUAUGGCUGCUACCGCUGCCAUUGUCGGUAAGCUCGCGGAUGUCCGUGAGCACGCCGUUGCCAGCCCCGUCCUCGGCAAGGCCUCGCCUAAGAUUGACGUCCAGCAGCCCGUGGCUGACUCCCCCCAGACUGAGGAUGAUCUCGACCGCGUCCUGGACCAGCCCGCCGACAACGAGCCCCACACCAACUCCUCUGCUCCUGCUACCGGCGGCGGCAAAAGCACCGGUCUUCCCGCCUUCACCAGCCUCAAGGGUAUCGCUGCGCCUCUGGAGCGCGCCAAUGUCGACACUGACGCCAUCAUCCCCAAGCAGUUCCUCAAGACCAUCAAGCGUACCGGUCUCGGUACCGCGCUCUUCUACGAGCUCCGUUACACCGAUGACAAGGAGAACCCAGAUUUCAUUCUGAACCAGGGUAUCUACCGCAACUCCAAGAUCCUGGUUGUUACCGGCCCCAACUUCGGAUGCGGUAGCUCCCGCGAGCAUGCCCCCUGGGCACUGUUGGACUUCGGUAUCAAGUGCAUCAUCGCCCCCUCCUUUGCCGACAUCUUCUUCAACAACACCUUCAAGAACGGUAUGCUGCCCGUCAUCGUUUCUGAUGAGGUUGCCCUGCAGAAGAUCGCCGACGAGGCCCGCGCCGGCCGCGAAGUCGAGGUCGACCUCGUCAACCAAGAGAUCAAGGAUGCCCAGGGUAACAAGAUCGUCGCCUUUGAUGUCGAGGCCUUCCGCAAGCACUGUCUCGUCAACGGUCUCGAUGACAUUGGUCUCACCCUCCAGAUGGAGUCCAAGAUCCGCACUUUUGAAGCCAAGCGCACUCUUGAUACCCCCUGGUUGGACGGCAGUGCAUACCUCCGCCGUGACCGCCGUGGCGCGACUAUGGUCGAGGCCGCUCCUGUUCCCAAGACCAACCGUGGUGAUGUGAAGAACGAGCCCCUUGAGUGGUAA